GGGCGGGCGGGCGGCGAGGGGGGGGGGUGCGCGCUGUGCGCCUCCGCCGCCGCCAUGCGGGAGCGGAGGCCGGUACCGGCCGCCCCGGCCCGCUGCAAGCUGGUGCUGGUGGGCGACGUGCAGUGCGGCAAGACAGCCAUGCUGCAGGUGUUGGCCAAGGAUUGCUAUCCCGGAGGUGAGGUGCCCACCGUGUUUGAGAACUACACGGCGUGUCUGGUCAGCGAGGAGCAGCGGGUGGAGCUGAGCCUCUGGGACACCUCCGGCUCUCCCUACUAUGACAACGUGCGUCCCCUUUGCUACAGCGACUCGGACGCUGUCCUGCUCUGCUUCGACAUCAGCCGCCCCGAGACCCUGGACAGUGCGUCCAAGAAGUGGAAGACAGAGAUCCUGGACUAUUGCCCCAACACACGGGUGCUGCUCAUCGGCUGCAAGACAGACCUACGGACGGACCUGAGCACCCUGAUGGAGCUCUCCCACCAGAAGCAGGCACCCAUCUCCUAUGAGCAGGGCUGUGCGGCGGCCAGGCAGCUGGGAGCCGAGAGCUACCUGGAGUGCUCGGCCUUCACCUCGGAGAAGAGCUCCCACAGCAUCUUCCGGACUGUGUCCGGCAUCUGCCUCAGCAAAGCCCCCCCGCAGCCCCCUAAAAGCCCCCCCCGCAGCCUCUCCAAGCGACUCCUGCAUCUGCCCAGCCGCUCCGAGCUCAUCUCUUCCACCUUCAAGAAGGAAAAAGCAAAAAGCUGCUCUGUCAUGUGAAGGGGGGGACAUGAAUGCUUCCCCCCCUCAAAGCCCCUUGGCUCCCCUGAGUCCUCAGGAUGGGGUGGGGGGGCUGGACAGGGCCCUGGAGUCCUGUUCCCCCCCCCCAAGGAGGAUGGGGUGCCUGCUACCCUCCCAUCACACCGCCUCUCCUGCCAGCCCCCCAUCUUGGGGGGCAGCCCCCAUGGAGCUGCCAUAGGUGGGGGUUGAGGGGGGGGGCCCAGAAAGGGUUGCUGCCCAACCCUGGGUGUGGGGGGGCUUAUCCAUGGACUCAUCCUGUUUCGUCACCCCCCCCCCACCCCAUCCCUCAUCUGCUGCUUGGCCCUAGGGACCCUCGUGGGGAGGGGGGUGC